AGUAAGAAAGGAGAGCGUGUGGGGUCCACGAAUGGGGAGAGGUGAGUGCAACACAAACUAAUAGACCGGUUUCUACUAUCAUUUACUGAGUCAUGCUACUCAACUCGUUCGAGUCACUAGAAUUAUGAAUUUGACUCCGUCGUUCGUUUGGCUCUGCCCGAAUCAUGUCCACAACACUCCUGUAGCACAAGCUAAAAAGAAGGAGAAGAAGAAUUAGAAAGGUGAUUUUUUUUUUUUUUUUUUUGUUUGAGGGGGAAUGAAAGACUAAUUCAUUGAUGGAAGAACAUUACAAUCAGAGAUUAGAUUAGCCUCCACAGACGGAGGAAUACAUGAAAAAAGAUCUAGCUGAUAGUCAGCAUGCUUGGCCUCGUAAGCCAAGAGGUGAGCCACAUCAUUAGCCUGUCUUCCAACCUUGAGGACUCUAGCGUUCUGUGCAUCAUGCAACAAGACCCGCAAGUCUGCCAACAGAAAACCGAGUUCCGACAAAUCCAAGGAAGAAGAGGAUAUUGCAGACACCAAAUCCAGACAAUCAGUCUCCACUAGCAAAGGUGUAAGGUGAUUAUCAAUGGCCAAUUGCACUCCCAAGACCAAUGCUAAGAGUUCAGCAUGUCUAGCAGAAUGAGCAGCUGCGAAAGUGUGUCGAAACCCAUAAAGAAAGGCCCCAUGGACAAUCUGUGCAGCCUUUCUGUACAUCAACAAACCCAUCGAAUUUUGUUUUUAUGUUCCUAAAACCUAAUUGUGCAAUGUAAUUGUCUAGAUGCGACUUAACAGAGUUUCGGAGCUCAUUCAUAACUCCCCUAAUUGCCAGAAUAUAGAUGGUGCUGGAGUUUCUGUUCAUUUCCAGGAGAUCAUGGAUUUGGAUGAUGGGACGUUUGAAGCUGUUCCAGGAAGUGAUUUUGUAAUCACUAGGGUAGCGUAUCGGGAUAACUCCUCCAAGUAUUACAUCAAUGAUCGUUCAAGCAAUUUCACUGAAGUUACCAAGAAUCUGAAAGGGAAAGGAGUUGACCUGGACAACAAUCGCUUCUUGAUUCUUCAGGGUGAAGUUGAGCAGAUCUCACUCAUGAAGCCAAAAGCUCAAGGAUCUCAGGAUGAAGGCUUCCUCGAGUACCUUGAGGACAUUAUCGGGACCAGCAAAUAUGCCCAAAAAAUUGAUGAAUCUUAUCAAGAGCUAGAGUCCCUCAAUGAGAAAAGAUCCGGUGUCGUGCAAAUGGUUAAGCUGGCAGAGAAAGAAAGAGAUGGCUUGGAGGAUGGGAAGAAUGAAGCGGAAACUUACAUGCUGAAAGAGUUGUCACUUCUGAAGUGGCAACAGCAAGCCACAAAACUGGCUCAUGAAGAUACCUCUGCCAAAAUGCUUGAUCUACAGGAAAAUAUAACCAGCUUAGAAGAAAAUCUGAACAACGAUAGGGAGAAGAUCCAGAUUGAGACUGGCCAGCAAACUAUAAAGGAGUUGAGGAAAGCGAUUCAAGAUUCAAAGAAGAAGUAUGAACGACAUAACAAGGAGAACGAAACGUUAUGUGCCAAUUUCAAAGAAAAGGAAGAGAAGGCAUCUCUAGUUCAAGAGAACUACGAGGAAACACAGAAGAUGAUUGAUGAACAUAAAGCUGUGUUGGAUAAAGCAAAAUCUGAGUAUUGCAAUAUGAAAAAGACUGUGUAUGAAUUGCGGGCAUGGAAGGAUAAAGCUGAGUUUGAACUAGAAGCUAUGAAGAAGAAAUCCAAGGAUCUGAAAUUUGAGUGGAAGGCUUACAAGGACAAGCUUGAUAAGUUGCAAACUGCCCUUAUAAAGCAUAUGGAUCAAAUUCAGAAAGAUUUAGUGGAAUCUGAAAAGGUUCAAGCAACCUUGGCAGAUGAACAUCUUAAUAGUUGUUGCGACCUUCAAAGGGCCAUUGAAACGGCAGCACUUCUAGAAGCACAAAUGAAAGAGAUGAAUCCAAAUCUUGAUUCAAUCUCAGAGUACCAGAGAAAGGUCUCAUUGUAUAACGAAAAAGUGGAGGAUCUGAGUAUUAUCACAAAACAGCGUGAUGACAUAAAGAGGCAGUAUGAUGAAUUGAGAAAGAAGAGGCAUGUCACAUUUUUGUUUAUAUUUUAUGGUUGCAUGCUCUGUAAUAUUUGAAGUUAUAACUCGUCUGAAAUUAAUAUGAUUUGUCUAGGUUGGAUGA